UUUGAAAAAGUAUUUCGACGAAAAUUGACGUGUUUCGGCAAUAUUUUGCAAAAUAUCGUGUUUUACCGCAUUUAUUUCAGAUAACAUAAAAUACAUAAAUGCUAAAAUAAUUUAACUAAUUUUUCUUAACAAAUCGUACCUAUUUACUAAAAAACAUUUUUAGAACAUACAAUAAAUUCGUAACUUAAUUGUUAAAAGAAAUCAAAAGAAAAUAACAACAACAAAAAAAGGAAUAAAUACAAAGGCCACAUAAUUUUACUACCACACAAUUAUUACGUGAAAAAUCGAUAAAAAUAGAUUUUAGAAACAAAAUAUUUUUGUUGAUAACUUUGUUAAUGUUUGUGUGAGUGUACCUAUAGUUAGUGGAAAGCUUUAAUAUACAAAAAAUCUAACAAAAAACAUCUACAAAAAGAAUAAAUAUAAAAGUUUAAAUCAAAAACUCUGCGCGAUUAUUGCGUUUAAAAAAAUAUUUGUGAGUCCGUUUGUUUCUUGUGUUUGAACUUGGUUGUUGGUUCUAUUGUUUACUUCCUCGUUUGGUGAGAAAUUUGUAAUUGUAGCUACACCUUAAAAGGAAUCAAGAUUUUGACGUAAACAAACUAUAUUUUUAUUGAAUUGACUACAGUCUACUAAUUCAAAUUCAUUCAAACAUUUACAAACUUAAUAGAAAAGUAUCAACACAAUAAAUCUUUGAAUCAAUUAUCUUUAAAAAUUCUUUCCAUUGAUUUUGUUAUAAGUUUGGAUCAAUAGUAUGGGCACAGAAACCAAAAUAAAUUGUUAUACUGAGAACACUGCUACUGGUAUUAACCGUGUUCCAAAUAUUGUGAAGCUUUCUUCUGCAACUACUUUUAACAAUUGUGUGAAUAAUGGCAAAUGUUCAUCGACAAACAUUGUAACGUCUGUCUCAAAUAGUACUUCAGCUCAGCCUCUCCCAUCAUCGUCACAAAUUGCAGCAGGAACCUCAGUGCCAUUUGUGCCAAUACACAUCGAUGAAAAUGCCGUUAUUGAAGGCGCUAAAGAAAUCUUAAAAGUAAUACGACCAACAUGGGAUCUUAAUUUUGUUCAAUUCAAGAAAUUUACGGAUGGUAUUACUAAUAAGUUAGUGGGUUGUUUUUAUAAUCCUCCCAGCGAUUAUCACAUUUCUUCCAUUACAAACAACCUUCAUAAUACGAAAAUCAACGAAAGUGAUCUUUCAUAUUCAGAUGUUCUGUCGCAAAGUUCAAAUACGAACGUUACCGCAGAGAGCACAGCUGAUGAUAACAAUGACUCCGGAAAUCUUAGCGAUGCUGACGCCGAUACUGACCCAGAAUCUGCAAUGUCAACAAACACAAACAUGACGACAACAAAUGAAGCUCCGCCUACCAAAAACGUAGUACUCGUUAGAGUAUAUGGCAACAAAACAGACCUACUUAUAGAUCGCAAGGCCGAAACCCGAAAUAUUAUACUUUUGCACUCAUAUGGAUUUGCACCGAGCCUUUAUGCAACUUUCAAAAAUGGGUUGGUUUAUGAUUUUGUACCUGGUGUAACUCUCAAUCCCGAGAGUGUUCUUCGACCAGAAGUGUGGUCGUUGGUGGCUCAACGUAUGGCUAACAUGCAUAGAUUGGUUAAGCCAACAUGGAACCACGAUGUCAAGCCUGUGCCAAUGCUGUGGAAAAAAACACAAAGUUUCUUUGAUUUAGUACCUGUUAAAUUCACUGAUGCCAACAAACAUAAAAGACUUGAAGGCACAUUUUUACCUAUUACACGAAUGCGUAAGGAAUUCUCUGAACUUUACAAACGCUUGGAAGCUUUGGGAUCACCUUUAGUAUUUACGCAUAACGAUUUAUUGCUGGGCAAUGUUAUCUAUACUGAAUCAUCUCAAACUGUGACAUUUAUCGAUUAUGAAUAUGCGGACUACAACUAUCAGGCCUUUGAUAUUGGAAAUCAUUUUACUGAAUUUGCAGGUGUUGACACCGUCGACUACACCCGUUACCCUAGUCGAGAUUUCCAAAUGAAAUGGCUGAGAGUCUAUUUACAAACAUAUCUACAGAAAUCACAAAUCAGUGAUGCCGAAGUAGAGGUAUUAUAUGUGCAGGUGAAUCAAUUUGCAUUAGCUGCUCAUUUCUUCUGGGUCAUAUGGUGUCUAAUUCAAGCCGAACAUUCCACAAUUGAUUUUGAUUACGUUGAAUAUGCUUUUAUACGUUAUAAUGAAUAUUUAGCUAGAAAGGAUGAAUUUCUGGCAUUGGAUGCAAAUCUACCAAAAUGUAAAAUCUAACAAUUGACAUGAAUCCUUAAACUUUGAUAUAAUUUUAGUGGUGCUGUGGUAAUUCCCUGCUUCUUUCUACCAGUUCCCCGAAAGCUGCUCUUGAAAUCAGCAAAUAAA